CGGCUAUACCUUAAUGCAACAUCAGGUUCCAUUUCUACUUCGACGGCGAAUACUGCAAGCUUCUGCAAAGAACUGGGAAUCAAAGAUGGAGGGCACUCGACGAAGGUAGCCACGUACAAGGGUGUGCAGAAGCUAGAAACCGUAACCCUUGCUGAGCUACAUGAUUACCUUCUCAAAUCUGCUCCUCAAUGCUCAAAGAAGCUACAGCGAGGCAGCUCAUCAUUUACAUGCACCACCAGCCCCGAUUCAAAAGUUGUUGAAGUCAUUAGGUACCGGGUGGAGUUGUCUGUUUCUGAUUGCACCGAUAAAGCAGUCUUUGUAGCUUUGGAUACAGAUAUGACAAAACAGACAAAUACUCGAGCUGCAUAUGUGGGCAUAGCUGUGCGAGGAGGUAUACAAAAGGAACUCUCACGGGUCAUCAAAGACAUAGUUGGCAAAAAUUUCACUUUCCAACUCAAGCUAUAUGAGUACAACUUCACAUCGAAGGAUAAGCCAUUCACAAUUUCCCGUAUUUUUGAAACCCAUGAAUGUCUUCGAACACCAACAUUUGUCAGUCCGGACGGAGACGAUAUGCCUGGAGACAAUAUGCCUGGAAUAAUCUGCGAAUCUUCCAAAUACUCAACCGACCACAGUGGCAAAACACUUUCUUUGGAAACGACUACCAAAGCGGCAACAUAA